CUCUUGCUUGGCUUGUCCUGCGACGGUUGACGGUGUUUCCCUGCCAUGCUGACCUUUGCAGUGCCAGCGCAGCUGACAUCAGCACCCAUAUCUCCUGCACCCAUCAGUAGCCGGUGCGUGCGCAGAAACAAUGAACAGAGAAGCUUUGACAGGGUCGCCUCCAUGCUAUCAGUGGCGAUGACUGCCGCACUGGCACGCUCAAAGUCACGAAGAAAGGUGAUGCUCUUCAGCAGUGACCGUGAUGCAGAUGAGGCCGGUGGCCCUGUUGCAUUGGUCCUACGCUCGAAGCUUCAAGAGUUGGCAAAGACCACCUCGGCGCAGCGAGCGGCCAAGCGGUGGCAGGAGCUGGGCAAUGCUAAAGUGCUGAUGCCCGAGAACUCCAUCCCGUGGGGUGUGACCCACUUCAUUGGAGGAGCUGUGCUGGGUCAAUUUCCAGAGCUUUGCUACAGCUCCUUGCUGCAGCCAUUCGUUGACAAGACUGGGAUGGCAGUGAUUUGCACUCCAUACGAAUUGUCUAGAGAUCAUCAGGAGAUAGCUGAUGUUGCCGCGUCCGACUUUGCAGAGGCGUUUGAACUGGGCGAGGAACGAUUUGGUUGGGCCAAGGACCGAAUGCCUCGCCUGGCCAUGGGCCACUCCCUGGGCGCCAAAUUGCAGGUCCUGCUAUCAUGCCAGCGUCCACAUCCAAUGCUCGCUGGUGUGGCUCUCUUGGCCUUCAACAACUUCGGAGUCGAAGACCAGGCCAGACAGGUGACAUUCACUUCAAAAGCUUGGCACACAAAACACUGGGCGGUAAGAAAUGCAUUGAAGAUCACUUCGGUUCAUUUCGGGAAGAAGAACGUUGCAUGCACUUCAUUGGAAGCUCAAGAAACACUUUUUAUGGGCGGAAAUACAGUGGGCUCACCUUUUUUUUCCGAGACUUGUCUCCGGUGGAAGGGACUCCACUCACUAUAGCGACAUGUACUCGAGGUCCGCCUGCUCCGAGAAGUCUUGAAGACAGUGCAGGGUGAGAUGCACGAUUUAGAAGGUUUUGCAUACUUUUUGUUUUGGAUACUUUGCAAAUCAUUCUUCAGCAUGUCUGCUUGAUGCCGUUAGAUUGACGGCAUGAAAUCCUAGCCGUAACUCGCGCUUACCACGGAGGUUAAGGCACCUGUUUGUUAAAGACAUGUGUUUUCUUAUUUAAAGAACUUUCAUCUUUCAACACUUUCUUUUUGGUUUGAAGUUUAGGGCUUAAAGGCAUCCCAAGGCUAGAGGGCUGUGUCAGUGGGUUCUGAGGCAGCGGUGGGCUGGGUGGUUUGGCCUCGGAGCAGCUCUGGGAGAACUUCUUGGAACCAGCUAUUGGCAGGGCAGCAAAACUUUCUGGACUGCAGUUUACUCCUGGGCCAGAUGAAGUGCUGGACCUGGUGGAGGAAAGCUACAAGACCGACUUACGUACCAGGCUAUUCCGCUUCAGCAAUGAUUCUUUGGACUGCAGUGAGGAGCUGCUGUCAUCCUUUGUGAUGAGAGGUGCCAGGAAGGCUGACAGCUUGGAGAUGAAGGGUGGCCACUUGACUCCGGUGGUGGUCUCGUUGGCAGACAUGGCGCCAGAAGGCGCGAGCGGCGUGGCAGAUCGCCUGAAAGAGCGCUUCGGCGGCUUUGGUGCCUUAGGAAGCGAGGCGGAGCUGGAGGAUCUUGUGCAAGCACUCAUGGACUUUGUCUCUGGCCUUCGUUGACCACUUUUCGGCCGAGAAGCAGCUGAUCAAUUCGUUUGCUAAGCUGCCAGUGAGCCAUUUUCUCGUCUUUCCUUCCAACGUGUACAGGUGUCAACGAACGGCCCUGUCAUUUGCGCG